AUGGCUUGGAGAAACAUUUGCCUUCCUAAGCAUGAAGGGAAGGACAUUUGGGAAUGCAAGGUGAAUAAAGAUUACUCUCUCUUACUUAAAAAGGUGUUGGAAAUUAGGGAUAGUAUCUUGGGAGUUGAAGGCAUGCUCCAGGCCGAUAUGGACAAACUGCUUUGUUGGACGGAGACUGGGAAUUUUUGCAUCUCGACUGCCUAUGGUUUCUUCAAGCCGAAGGGCACUAAGGUUGUAUGGGUAGCGACUAUUUGGAAUACAUCCAUUACUCCUAAGCAUGCCUUCAUUCUUUGGUUGGCUGUUCAGACCAAACUCCUUACCAAGGAAAAAAUUCAGUAUUUGGAUUUAGACCGUAGAUGUGAACUUUGUGGAUUAACGGAGGAGACAGUACAACAUCCAUUUUUCUCCCGUCCUUUCAGUAGUUCUAUUUGGGGAAUAAUUCGAAGGUGGUUGGCCAUUACAUGUACAAUGUCCACCUUGCCGAGUGCAAUGAAAUGGAUGAGAAAGGAGGCACAGGGAAUGACUUGGUAA